AUGUUUGCUCUUGAUCCUAUUAACACCGCUUUCUAUGAGCAAAUCAAGGACUUACCCUGCCCGCACGAAAUGGGCGGCUAUCAACAGGCCUAUGACAAUUUGGAGCAAAUACAGAAGCAUGAGCCGGCUGCAGAUAUCGAGACGACGACAAUUCAAGUUGGCAAGAAAUAUGGUCCUACAACUGUGACAUUGUUCAGGUUAAAGACCCAUGCCAAUAAGCCUCUCCCCAUGGUGUUCUAUACUCAUGGUGGUGGUUGGAUUAUGGGAAGUGCAAAGUCUUUCGCAGUCUUGAUGGAAGACUUGGCUCGUCGUACUAAAGCUGCUAUUGUCUUUCCAGACUAUACUCGUGUACCUCAUCAAACAUUCCCAUACCCACUUGAGCAGAGUUAUGAAGUUCUCGACUACAUGGUCAACCAUGCAAGUCUGUAUCACAUUCUGCCGGGAACUAUUGCUCUCGCUGGAGACAGUGUUGGAGGACACAUGGCUAUUACCAUGGUGCAGCUCUCCCUAGAGCGCAAGCUACCAGCCAAUAUUGGUCAAUUAGUUCUAUGGGCUCCUGUCACAGUAACGCAUAAAAAGCUUGGAUCAUACACGACGUUUGCCCAAGCACCAUUCCUAACGGAGGAUUCAAUGGACUGGAUGAUCGAUUCUUUCUUACCUAAUCCGAAAGAUCGUGAGACAGCACUAGCAUCACCAUUGACCCAUCUCUCGGAUAAAGUCCUGGCUCAGUUCCCCCCUACAAUCAUCUUCCUCUCAACCGUCGACCCGCUCCACGACGAAGGUGUGGCGUUUGGUCAUAGACUCCAGGAGAAUGGGGUUGAUGCAUCUAUCAUCAAGGCAGAGGGACAGAUGCAUGCUUUCUGUCUUGUGAAGGCGCUACGGGAUGGUCCUACUGCGCGUGCUGUGAUGGAGAUGGCUGCCUUGAGAUUGAAGAGGAUUUUCUCUCAACGGGAUAUCAAUGGGCGACUGUAG